UCGAUGUAUAAACUCAAUAAACCUGGUGUACGACGAUCCUCGCCAACGCAUCCAAGCGAAGAAACGAAUCUUCGACUCUUUCCUCUCGCCCUCGCUCUCGCCUCUUCCAUUUUCCUCUUCUCCAAGCUCCUCGAUCAUCUCUCUCUCUCUCUCUCUCUCUCUGCAUAGAUGAGUUCGAAGGAUAAGAAGGUGGCGAAACCCUCGGGGAGUCGCCCCACCAUUCGCACCCUCGCCGAUCUCAACCGCCGGCCCCCUUCCUCCGACGAUAGCGACUCCGAUGGCCCCCAGGAGUACUACACCGGAGGCGAGAAAAGUGGAAUGCUUGUCCAAGAUCCCUCUAAAGGAAAUAAUGAUGUUGACGCUAUUUUCGAGCAAGCUAGACAGAUGGGAGCCAUGCAGGGACCUUUUGAACAACAACAACCAUCCUCAAGCUCAAGAAGUUUCGCUGGGACUGGUAGGUUGCUUUCAGGUGAGACAGUUCCAACUGCAUCCCAACAGCCUGAGAACAUGGUCCACAACAUAUAUUUCUGGAGAAAUGGAUUCACUGUAAAUGACGGUCCAUUGAGGAGGUUUGAUGAUCCCGAAAAUGCAUCCUUCUUGGAGAGCAUCCGUAGAUCUGAGUGCCCCAAGGAGCUGGAACCAGCUGAUAGGAGGUCGAUGGUUCAUGUUAACCUCAUAAGGAGGGAUGAAGAUUGCCCGGAACCGGUAAAGCGUCAGGUAGCAUUCCAGGGCGUGGGGAGAACCCUAGGUGGUGGAUCUUCAUCUGAUCCUCCUGUCUCGGAACCUCCGCCUGCUGCUGCAGCCCCCACUACUGCUCCCCCAUCAGGCGGCCUUUCGGUCGAUGAAUCCUUGCCUUCUACCACAAUUCAGCUGAGGCUGGCAGACGGCACCCGCAUGGUCGCUCGCUUCAACACUCACCACACGGUGGGCGACAUCCGCGCUUUCAUUGAUGCUUCGAGGCCCGGAGCGGCAAGAACGUACCGCCUGCAGACCGUUGAUUUCCCACCGAAGCAGCUGACCGACGUGACGGCGACCAUCGAACAAGCCGGUCUCGCCAAUUCUGUCAUAAUUCAGAAGUCAUAGGCCUUACUAUCAGCAGGCACGCCUGCGUGGGGCUGUGUCGAACAUUACUCGUGAAACAUUGUCAUUUCAAUUAUGAAUUUCACUAAAUAAUACUGGAGACUUGUAUUAUCCCUUACAAAUGUUGGCUUUACCUUGUUGCCAUCAAUUAUUAGUACGUUCCGUUGUUAUGCCUCCCUUGUGCUCUUAAAUCAUGAAAAAAAAAUGUUGGAUUUUUCCCCUUCA